AUGGAUUCCGAAGAUGAAUUUUUCUCGGCCUCCUCUGGAGACGAAGAGGCACCAGCUAAAACAAAAGCAUCAAAGAAAACAGAUACUCCAAAAGCAGAACAAGUCCAAGGGGAAAAGCACACGAUCAAAUCGAUCCCCUCAGAACCAGAGCUACUCGAGGCACCCAAGCAAAAGGAAGAGAAUGUCUUUGUUGAGCUACGAAAACCAUCCACAGAUGAGUCGUCAGAAGAAGCAUCAGUUACAUUGAACGAGGUGGAAAAAGAGAGCAGCAGUAGCGAGGAAUUCGUCGUUACUGAUCUCCCGACACCGAUCACAUUGUCGGAUGAUACAAGUGAUAGCAAAUCAAGUGAAGAGAAAUCUGUGGAGGUUGAGCUAAGGAAUGAGGAAACAAAGCCUGCUGAGGAACCUGAAAAAGAAAAGGAGAACGAAUCAUCGGGAUGGGAUGCUUGGGGAGAUGAAGACACGAAAACAGUCGAAGAAUCGAUUUCUUCGGUGCAAAUUUCCGAGAACAAGAUCGAUGAGAAGAAAGAUCCGACAGAAGAAGUGGAGGAAGGAGAAGAGAAUUGGGAUUGGGGAAAUGAUGGAUGGGAGACUGAAACGAAGAAAGAAUCGACGCAGAAGAAGCCGGACUCAACGCCAGCAGGUUCGAUGAAAUUGGGCAAAGCGAAGACGAACGAGCCAGCAGGAUGGGGUGGAUUCGCCAGCGCAUUGGGUAAAACAUUUUCCUCAGCCGUGGAAAACACUUUCGGCCUGCCGAGCGCGGAAGAGUUUGCUCAAAAAGAGAGAGAAGUUGAAGAAAAUGAGACGAUCGAGGAAGGGACAAAAGAAACGCCGAAAAGAAGCGCUUUUGAGGCAUUGGCUGGGAUAAAGCAAAGCAUCUGGAGAAAGAAGUGCUCAGAAGGCUCCACUUCAUCAGCUUCUCCUUCAACCGUUCCCUCAUUUGGCCUCUUCUCCGGCCUUGUCACAGGUGGACUCGAUGCACUUGAAGCAAUCGGAAAGAAGACUUUUGAGACGUUAACGGUUAAAGACAAAAAAGGCCGAAGUCGUCUCUUCUUUGAUCAAUCAAGCGAUGAACCAUUGUCAGAUCUUCUCAAAAGAAUCAAAGACGAACAGUCUUCGCAAGAGAUACGAUCAAACAUCGUGCCGGUUGUCGACUUUUUGUCGCUCAUCGGCGCCACGACGACAAUGCAAAAUGUUGAGGCUUUAGAGCUGUUGACUUCUUCAAAAGGAAUCCCGACUAAUUCCAGAACAGUUAACGAGCUUUUAACGUCCAUUGCUCACAAAGAUGUGCCCGAUUCAUCGAUGCUUGAGGCAAAUCUUCGACGUGUUGUGAAGUCUUUAUGCUCUACAAUUGAUCCAAGUGCUACGAUAAACGUUUAUGAAGAGGCUUGCAACAAAAGUUUGGAGGCAAUGAUUCUCGAAGCUGAAGAAGCGUACAAGACUUCGGUGAAUGGACUCGUUUCGGUGGUUGAGGCGUUUGUUCAGAUCCUUUCCAAAGUCACCCAAAUGAUCUUCGCCACAUCGGGAAAAGCGAACAAGACCAAUUUUCUAGAGUUUUGUGGCCUGUUGACGGGAGCUCUCGUUCAAUUGGAAACUGUUGCUACAAAUCUCCCAUCUGGCACAUACCAGGGUGAUGAUGUCGCGACUCGUUUCCUCGUCGAUUGCCAAUCAGCACAAGAAUUACUCGAAAGAAUCUUCAGGCUUUCGAUCACCGUUCUUUUGGACAAAUCAAACGUCUUCUACGUGAUUUAUCGCCCGACGAAAAAAGUGAUCAUCAAAAGUAUGCCGGAGGCUGAGGGGAAAAUCAUCGCCAAUCGACUAAAUCUUCUCUUUGCUGGACUGUACGAUGACCCAAUCCGACAAUUGCCUGACAACGAGCUGGAGCGAAUCGCUGUAUUUACUCUCAAAAAUCCGAGUUGGACUGAGAUCCAUUUGGCGGCGGCGCUCGGACUGACCCGAACGCUGAGCUUUCUCUUCGAAAGAGACGCUGUUGUGGUUGUGAACACGCCCACCGAGGACGGACUUUUACCGCUGCACAUUGCUUGCGAGUACAAUCAGUAUGAAGCGGCCAUGUUGUGCACAAAAGCCGGCGCUCAAGCUUCAAAAAUGAACGCUCGAGGGCAAACAGCGUACCAUUUAGCGGCAAAAAGUGGAGAUAUGAGAUUAAUGAAGGCUCUUCUGUCGACAAAUACAGCGCAAGCCAUUCAACUUUGUGUCACCGCCGAGGACAUGUCUGGUUUCACUCCACUCCAAGAGGCCAUCUGCAAUGAGAAUCUGGAAGGAUUACAGGUGAUUCUCUCGGAUGUAAUCGCUUGUCGUGACGCCAAAAAGCAAGUGCUUCGUUGUCUUCAGCACUACGUCGUUAAAGAUUACGAUAAAUGGAGAAAAAUCGGCAUCCUCGUGUGCAGUUCACAACUCGAUUGGUUGAUCCAAAUGGACCUGUCCGGGGACACGAUUUUGCACAAACCACUUCCGGAUCCCGAUAUUCUCCGUGUUUUGUGCCUAUUCGCGGACAGGAGCUGUUUCGAGCUGCCAAAUGGCAGUGGACUGACCCCGUUGCAAGCAGCCAUCAAUCGCGACGACUUGGCAGCUUGUGUGUGCUUUGUUUCGUUCGGGGCUGAUGUGAGCAAAAAAACGGCUAAAGGCGAGACGUGUGCUCAAUUGGCGUUACAAAAAGCCCGCCCGAUGAUCUUGCAACUCCUGAUCCUGCUCGGCGCUCAAAUGGAGCCCUCCGAUUUACAAUUUGCGCAAGAAAAACAUAAACCACAACUCCGAAAAAUUUUCCAAACAGCGUUGGAGCCGAAGCUGCAAGAAGCGAUGAGAGAUCAUCUGUUACCGGAUAAUACAAUCAAAAUCCGAGACGCUUUAAUGAGCAAACCGAAAACGAAUCGAAAAAUCGCGCUCUCGUUGGAUGGAGGUGGUAUUCGGGGACUAGUCGAAGCACAAAUGCUUUUCGAGCUCGAGCGAUUGACGGGAAACUCGAUCGUCUCGAAUAUUGAGUGGCUAGGAGGAACAAGUACUGGAUCGAUUUUGGCGAUCGGACUUGCAUUGGGGAGAUCGCCCGCCGACUGCAUCCGCCUCUAUCUUCGUUUCAAAGAUGAAGUGUUUAGGGGAGAACGUCCAUAUUCUCCGGAAACUCUCGAGGCGUGCCUCAUCGGUGAAUUCGGGACAGAUCGCAAGUUUGGUGACGUGAAAAAGAGACUACUGGUAACGGCUGCUCAAGUGGACGUAAGUCCAGCUGAAAUCGUGCUCUUCCGAAGCUACGACCUGCCAAACGAGUCAGCGAAAAACUUUGCGAAACUCGGAAAUGGCAGAGAUAUCAAAUUGUGGCAAGCGGCUAGAUGCUCCAGUGCGGCUCCCACCUAUUUCACAGCCCCAUUCGGCGUUUACAUGGACGGGGGCCUGAUUGCAAAUAAUCCGUCAGCCGAAAUUCUCUCCGAUAUUCAAAUGAUGGAAACAUUGGGAGUCAAUGAGGAAAAACCAUCACUUUUCUUAUCACUUGGUACCGGGAUCCCACCUUUACGUCGAAUGAAUGAAAGUCAGCCAAAUGGGGGAAUUUGGCAGAAGCUGAUGAAUCAAUUCAAUCUUAAUUUAAUGCAUACAUUACACAUGUUGACUGAACAAAUCUCAGCCGCUAACGGUGUAAUCGUGAGUCGAUCAGCCGGUUUCUCACUCGCUUUGGGCAUCCCGUUCUUCCGUUUUUCUCCUCCUCUCCCAUCGGAUAUUCAAUUGGAUGCAAGAGAUGAUGAAAUUCUGAUUGAAAUGCUCUGGAUUGCGAGGAACUACAUCUACACCCAUCCGGACAUCAAAAAGAUUUGCGAGUACCUGAAGCAA